AAUGGAACCAUGAGCAGAUAUACCAGCCCAGUCAACCCAGCUCUUGCCCCUCAUCUGACCAUGGUGCUACUGGCUAUUGGCAUGUUCUUUACCACCUGGCUCCUCAUUUAUGGUAUUACCUCCACCAAGUACACGUGGGAUAGCUACAAAGAGCUCCUCAUCUCCUUGAUGGCCUCAACCUUCAAGGGCAAUGGAGUUCUCUUCUUUCUGCUCUGGGUCAGCAUCUAUAUAUGAACUCUCCAAGGUACCCACCAGGUAGCUUCACCUAAA